UAUCAACAUUUAAUCUAAUACAUCUCAUCUUGCAAAUUAAAUUAGAUUGAAUUAAGUGAAACUUUUCUCCAAUUUUUUUGUUUGGUUAGAUUUUUUCCAUAUAUUAUUUCGGUUGAUUUUUAUUCUUCUUUGGUUUGAUAAUUAGCUUGGUUAAGACUUGAGAGGACAAUGGCGAAAGGUUUGAUAUGGGCGACGGCGGAGGAUUUGGCCCGGAACAAGGGACGUGUUCUGUCUCUGUAUCGUCAAAUAUUGCGAAGCCUCAACUCGCCGGAGCUGCCACUUACUUGGGCCGCACGGUUGUCGAAGAAGGCGGAGGCUCGAUCCAUAUUCUUAGUGGCUUCGGAAGAGCGAUCACUCCACAAUAUUGCCGAUCUUAUUGAUGUAGCUGAGCACACUCUUUCUCUCCUAAGAAAAGGCCAAAUUCCUAAACUCCCCUUAAUAUGAGCGCCUUCUUUAUACUUACUUGUAUCUCUUUGUCUUUCCUCCUUGUCGGGGGAGCUACUUUCAGUGCAUUGAGUUUAGGAGCUUGCUUUUUUUUGGGGUGUAAAAUGAGACAAUAAGGAAGGUAUUUGUGUAUUUUGAUUGUAAGCCGAGUAAAAUGUAAUGAAAAACUGCUUUAUAAAAUGUAUUAACAGUGGAUACUUCCAUUUUUGUAGAUUUUACAGAGAUUUACUUUUUUUUUUUUUGAAAAAAAAAACAAUACAUAUAUUUUCUUACAAAGCACUUGAGUGCAAGAUCCAUAUUGUAUUUGUUGAUUUUAUCCGUACUGGACUUUCUUAUUUUUCACUUCAUACCUUAAGUGGAAGAUCACUUGAGCUUUGAUAGUA